AUGACCCGUGAUGGGGUUGAAAGGUUUAUGGACAAUAUUUCGACCCAGUUGUUGCUCGAGAAGGAGUGCAACUGGGGCGAAAUGCUGGGGGCCGCUCCCCGUGCUCUCUGUUCCUUAGGACAAUGUUUUGUUGCUGCGACCUCUUCUCCUGAUCUUGCCAUCCUCAAACUGCCAAAUAAUGGCGACCUCAAGAAGGUUGGCAUUUGUGGAAGCACAAAAGAAUAUGAACAAGGUGGCAAGGAUCAGCGAGGGAAUUUGCGCACCGGGAGGGACUGUAAGCGUUCAGACGAAUAG